GUUAGGGUUUUGGGAGAAGAGAGAGCGAGCCGAGCGAUCUCCUGUCUUUGGCGCUCGCAUUGAUCUGUUUUCCACCGCUGCUAGGUUUCUCAUGGAUGGUGAUGCUCUGGGCUCAAUCGCAAGGGCAAAUGUAUGCCGGUUUUCCACUGAGAUGCUGAGAUUUUAGGAUUUCUCGCCGCGAUUGCGCCUACAAGCAAGCAUGACAGCGCUUGUCUCUCGGACUGGGCGGCACCAACAGCGAUAUCACACUGGCUAUCGUCUCGUGGCUGGAUGCAUACCAUACAGAUACAAGGAGGUGGAUGGUUGCAAUGGAAAAGAGGAGCCAGUUUUGGAGGUUUUGAUGAUCACUUCGAAGAGUGGGAGAGGGCUCUUGUUUCCAAAGGGAGGCUGGGAAACUGAUGAAACUGUGGAAGAGGCUGCGGUGCGAGAGGCACUGGAAGAAGCUGGUGUUCGUGGCGAUUUGCAGGGAGAUAUUGGGACGUGGGAGUUCAAAAGCAAGCGCCAGCAGAGUGACUUGAAUCCUGCUGGCCUUUGCCGUGCGCAUAUGUUUGCGCUGGAAGUGAGAGAGCAGCUAGAGUCGUGGCCCGAGCAACACUCGAGGCAACGCGAAUGGUUUGUUGUUUCCGAGGCGGUGGGUCAAUGCCAGGUCGAUUGGAUGCGGAAGGCUCUCGAUAAGUGGGUGUCGUGCUUGAAAAUCAGGCAAGGCGCCACCACUUCCAACCAGGGGCAGUCCUUUAUUUGAGCCAAUGCCGGAAAGAGAGCGUUGGGAGAAAAAAAAUUUUGUUCCACGAAUGCUGGAGGAUGAGGUCGAGGCCGGUAAUUUUUUUUAGGUGUUACGAGGAUUUUGGGGUCCCUGGGUUGCUUUUUAGGAGAGUGGAAUAACUUACAAGUGGCAUAGAUAGAAAAGAAAUCGAAAUGUUCUGCCAGGGAGAUGGAUGCACGCAAGUGUAGAGUUUCCAUAAAUUUGAAUGCUACCAAAGUACGAGUGAGAAUGGCUCCUCGCUCAUAUUCUGUA